AUGUCUUUAUCAUCUAUGACACCAUUUACUCGUGGUCAUCAUGCGACUAAACGAUUUAAUAAUAGUGCUCGUUUAAAAAUGGCUAAUCAUCAUCCUAUGGUUACAAGUACUAUUACAGCAUCGUCUGAUAUAAAUAAUAAUACAAGUAAUCCAGGUGCUGUUUUUGCACAUUAUGAACAUGGUCAUUCAGAUUCUCUUUUGGAAGCACUUAAUGAUCUUCGUUUAAGUAGACAAUUAUGUGAUGUAACUAUUAUUGUUGGUCAACAUGAAUAUCCGUGCCAUAAAAACGUCCUUGCUGCUGCUAGUCCUUAUUUUCGAGCUAUGUUUACAACAUCUGAAAUGUGUGAAUCAUCUCAACCAACAGUUACUCUUAAUGGAGUUGAUCCUGAUGCAAUGUUUGAACUUAUUGAAUAUGCAUAUACAUCGGAAAUAACUAUUUGUGAGAAUAAUGUUCAAUCAUUACUUUCUGCCGCUAAUUUACUUAUGAUGCAACCUGUUCGUGAUGCAUGCAGUUCAUUUUUUGAACGUUUUCUUGAUGAAACAAAUGCAAUUGGUAUAAAUUGUUUUGCAGAAUUACAUGGAACACAAGAAUUAACAAAAAAAGCAAAACGAUUUGUAUUAAAAAAAUUCUCACAAGUUGUACAACAAGAUGAAUGGCUUCAAGUUUCAUCACCGAAAAUUAUUGAAUUUAUAAAAGAAGACGAUCUUCGAAUAGGAAGUGAAGAUGAAGUAUAUGAUGCAUGUUUACGUUGGUUAAAUCAUGCACCUGAACAACGUAAAAAUGAUUUUCAUACAAUCUUACAACACAUUCGAUUAGCUUUUCUUAGUCCUUAUACAUUGAUGGAUAAAGUUGCUACAUGUAAAGUUGUACAAGAAGAUACGGCAUGUCGGGAAUUAUUUCACGAAGCAUUACGAUAUCAUUUACUUGUUGAUAGACGUUCUGAAAUGUCAACAACUAAUUCUCGAUUGAAACCACGCACAUGUUCAGAAUUAACGGAAGCAUUAGUCUUUUUGGGUGGAGAAGAUGAACGAGUUGUUGUACGUGGUGUUGAAGUUUAUAAUCCAGAAAGAGAUGAAUGGAAAAAACUUUGUUGUUUACCGUAUGCGAUAUCUAAACAUGCAAUUGUUGCAUCAGGGGCAUCGACACUUUACUUAUGCGGUGGAGAUUUUCCGAAUGGACGGCCAAGUUCAGAAGUUUGGAAGUAUGAUCAAAAAGUUGAUACAUGGUAUCAAUUGUCAGAUAUGUUAACACCACGAUCGGAAUUGGGUUUAGCAUUAAUUGAUGGUUAUAUAUAUGCUUGUGGUGGAUCGAAUGGAGAUGUUCGUCUUAAUAGUAUAGAAAGAUAUUCAAUUGCUGAUAAUAAAUGGACUUUAAUUGCAUCAAUGCAAGUUGGUAUGACAAGUCCUGCUUGUUGUGCUUUGAAUGGAUAUUUGUAUAUAACGGGUGGAGCGGUUCUUGAAGAAGGAGAUGCAGUUGAUCUAGUCAUGAAAUUUGAUCCACGAACAUUUGAAUGGAGUACAGAUGUUGCUCCAAUGCGUAUUGCUCGUUCAGGUUCAGUAUCUGUUGUACUUCGACGUAAAAUUUAUGUUUGUGGUGGUUUACAAUCGAAUACAGAAAAUACAAAUUUAGCUGAAGUUUAUGAUCCAACUACAAAUCAAUGGCAAUUUAUAGCACCAAUGCGUGAACAUCGUUAUCGACCUGGUGCUGCAAUUGUUAAUGAGAAAAUAUUUGUUUGUGGUGGACAAGAUGAACAACCCGGAAAAUAUCAUGAAAGUGUUGAAUGUUACUGUCCUGAAACCGAUCAAUGGACAUUAGUAACCGAAUUAAUAUGUGGUCGAAGUUUUCUAGCGUGUGCCAUGCUUUUACUUAAAUGGUCCGAUAUUGUUUGGGAUCAUAUGUGUGAAGGGGAAACAAAUUCAUUACCCGAUAUAAAUUAA